AGCCAAAGGGAGAUUCAAGCGGCGCUACAAGCUCAAAAUGCAAGAAUGGAAGCUUGGGAAACACGAAUGCAAGCACCACCAAACCCUAACCCUAAUGUUGCUGCUGAAAGGGCUAGGAGGGAAGAAGAAAAUCGUGGAGAGAGAAGGGUGGUACAACGACCCAUGUUCGAACAUGCUAGGUGACAUCGGCCAAUGGGUGGACUACAUGCAAGACGAGGCCAGCCUCGUGAUGAAGAGGUCGAAUAUGAGGAUGACGAGGGUUACCCUCGAGAUGAAGAUGACGAUUUGAGGAAUAUUAUGGUCAACAUACCAUCGUUUAUAGGUUCUACUAAUCCCGAGGCUUACCUAGAUUGGGAACGAAAGAUGGAAUUGAUCUUCGAUUAUAACAACUAUUCUGAGAGGAAGAAAGUACAAGUGGCCGCACUCGAGUUUACGGAUUAUGCCAUUGUGUGGUGGGAUCAAGUAAGCAUGAGGAGGAGGAAGAAUAGGCAGCCACCUAUUGAGACAUGGGCAGAGAUGAGAACGGUAAUGCGGGAUCGAUUUGUGCCUAGUUCUCAUCAUAGAGAGAUGCAUCAAGCCCUACAACUUCUGCGCCAAGGUACCAAGUGUGUAGAGGAUUAUUACCGCGAGAUGGAGAUGUUAAUGAUUCGAGCGGAUUUGGAGGAAGAUCGUGAUGCUACCAUUGCACGAUUCUUAUAUGGGCUUAAUCGAGAAAUUAGAAAUGUGGUGGAACUUCACCCCUAUGCGGAUCUAUACGAUUUGGUUGCAAUAGCAGCCAAAGUGGAGAAACAACAACGUAGUAACGUUGGAAGGAGAUUCACGCCACCACAAGCAGCACCAAGGCCAGGAACGCCUUCAACUUCAAACCCUAGGCCAGCCAUAACGAAGCUAGAAGCAUCAACACAGGCAACCAAGGUUGAAGCACCAAAAGACAAGCCACAGGCUCUAGUGGAGGCAUUCAAUGCUUCAAAUGUCAUGGAAGAGGGCAUAUGGCCAACCAAUGCCCUAAUCAAAGAGCUCUAGUCCUACUAGAGAAUGGAGAAUAUGUCUCGGAUUCCGAAGAAGAGGAGCACGCGAGGGAGCCAUCAGAAUCUGAAGUUGACGAAUCAAUAAAAAUGGAGCCCCCUCCUGGAAGUUUGCUUGUCACGAGAAGAAUGCUAAGCGUGCAACCCAAAUAAGACCUCGAGCAAAGGGAGAACCUGUUUCACACGAGAUGUGUAGUGGAUGGGAAGCUGCUCGUCGUGGUGAUUGAUGGCGGAAGUUGCACUAACGCUAUUAGUACUAUAGCGCUUAGCAAACUGGGAUUGAGCACAAUCAAGCAUCCCAAACCCUACAAGCUUCAAUGGCUCAACGAGGAUGGUUCAAUUAAAGUGGCAAGGCAAA